AUGUAUUUUAUAAAUUUUUAUAUUAUUUUUAAUUUAAUUUUGCCUAUUUCGUAUAAAUGUGUAAAUUCCCAAGACAAUUUAGAAUCGCAGGGCACUCCGGGCCAAAAUAUGCAACACCCUCAAAAAAUAAGUACUGAAAAUUCUAAUGUUAACGAAACUAAAGAUCAAAAUGGGUCUGAAAGUCCAUUAGGCUCUUUUAAUAAUGAAGUAGUUGACGUUAAUGACACAGUAAAAGGUAAUGUGUUGAAAGAAAAUCCAGGUAAUAACCUACUGAGUAGUUGUAUAUAUUAUAGAAAUACUAGAUACUAUAUUAUAACUAGUAAUUACAAGGUUCUAAUGAAUGAUAUAGUUGAAAAAUUAAACGAGUUGUCGAGAGAUAUAUCAAAGGAGAUAAGUCAGAAUCCUUACUAUAAGAUUCCAGAGUUGACUAGAAAAAUAAGAGAUAUUGCAAUAUUACAUCCAGAUGUUAUGAAAAAAUUGGGAGUUUAUGUGAUUCCAAUUCAAGAACAAGAGGAUAAUUCGGGUGAAGAAGGGGGUGAAAAGGGUGAAUUAAUUGAAGAAAAACAUGAUGAAAGCAAAGAAAAGGAGAUGAGAUCUGAGAUUGACGAAUUGAUGGAUAAAACUGAAAUGAUGGAGGCUAUGACUCCUGAACAAAAGUUGGAAUACAUACCAGAACUGAAGGAAACGAUUGUUUACCAAAUACUAAAAAAUAGAAAUAUACUAAAGGAAUUAUCGGAUAAAUUGGGGUAUAAAAACGUUCAAGAUUUAGGAAAUCAUCAGCAAUACCAAAAUUCACAAGAUUUCUCAAAUUAUCAAUACGGAAAUUAUCCAAACUAUCAAUAUGGAAAUUAUGGAAAUUAUCAAAAUUAUUAUAAUGGAAGUUAUCCAGAUUAUCAAAAUUAUUAUCAAUAUGGAAAUAAUGGAAACUAUGGAAAUUAUCCGUAUUAUGGUUAUUGA